AUGUAUUCUGCAAACCCAGCCAACUGGGUCACAUUUGAUGAUGAGCCGCUUUCUCAGUCCCCUCAAAAAUCCAAGAAUUUUCCACUGGAGAAUAAUAGCAUCUGUAAACCAAAUGGACUUAAGCUGAAUCUCCCUGGCCUCAAGGAAUCCUAUGGCUCUUCCUCUACCAGUGGUACCCCUCUUUCUUCUCCCAUUGUGGAUUUCUAUCUAAGCCCAGGGCCUCCGAGUAACUCUCCCCUUUCCACACCAACCAAAGACUAUCCUGGUUUUCCUUGUAUUCCCAAACCAGGUGGGAUUCAUGCACUUUAUCCUAUUCCUGAAUGGCCUUCCAACAGCCCACUUCCAACACCAGAGGCAGAGUCUUCAUUAUUCCCUUCUAAACCUAACCAUCCUGCCCAUUCAUCCUCACCCAGUGAUCAUUUGUGUAAGCUUCCAGAUGGCAAAACUGACCGUGUGGACGAAAGGAACCCUCAUCCUCACCAACCUGAAAUCUUAGGUCAACGAGACUUCCCACAGUUUCGGUAUUUUCAAGAUGACUGUGCAUUUUCAAAUCCAUUUUGGAAAGAAGAGUCUUUAAAUAGCAUCUCUCCUUUUGCUUUCGAUCCGGAGGGGAAAGAUCAGAGGUCUAGCAGAAGGGUAGCUCCUCCAGAACAGAAAAGUCUCAAUCAGUGUUCAUUCAGCUAUGUCUGUGAAAGACUAGAAAACUUACAAGCUACGGAUAAUGCUAUAGACUCAAUUGGAAGCCUGUCGAUGCAGUGUCUGUACACUGGAGACAACAGUCCUUCCUUUGUCCCCCAAGCUUUAUUCAGGAGUCAGCAGAAAGUUGGGUGGCCCUUCAUGCUUAGAAUCCCAGAGAAGAAAAAUAUGAUGUCUUCUAGGCAAUGGGGCCCCAUAUUCCUGAAAGUCUUGCCUGGGGGCAUUUUGCAAAUGUACUAUGAGAAAGGGUUAGAGAAACCAUUUAAGGAGCUUCAGCUGGAUCCAUACUGCAGACUCUCUGAACCCAAAGUUGAGAACUUUAGCAUGUCAGGGAAAAUCCACACUGUAAAGAUUGAGCAUGUGACAUAUACAGAAAAAAGGAAAUACCACUCUAAGACAGAAGUAGUUCACGAGCCAGAAGUAGAACAGAUGUUAAAGUUGGGGACCACAGACUACCAUGAUUUCCUUGAAUUUUUGACAGUGGUAGAUGAGGAACUGAUGAAACUCCCUCCUCUUUCUAAACAAAAAAGAAACUAUGAAGAACAAGAAAUUUCCCUGGAAAUUGUGGACAACUUCUGGGGAAAGGUCACUAAAGAAGGAAGGCUAGUUGAAAGUGCUGUAAUUACUCACAUUUACUGCCUUUGCUUUGUGAAUGGAAAUGCAGAAUGUUUUUUAGCCUUAAACGACCUUGAGCUACAGAAAAAAGAUGAACGUUAUUUUGAGAGAGAUCCAGAAAAAAAGGGAAUUGAAAUUCUUGAAUACCAUUUUCACAAGUGUGUGAAAGCACAAGAAUUUGAGCAGUUGAGGAUCAUUAAGUUUUCACCCUUGGACGCUUGUAGAUUUGAGCUGAUGCGUUUUAAGACAUCGUAUGAUGGGGAGGACCUUCCAUUUUCGGUCAAGUCUGCCGUGGUUGUUCAGGGGGCAUAUGUUGAGCUUCAGGCUUUUGUCAACAUGGCCUCAUCUGCUCUGACCCCAACCCGUUCUAGUCCUUUGAGAUUCUGUGAUAAUAUAAUGAUACAUUUUCCAGUCCCUGCCCAGUGGAUCAAAGCGCUUUGGACCAUGAAUCUCCAGAGACAGAAGUCCCUGAAGGCCAAAAUGAAUCGCCGGACGUGUCUUGGAUCUUUACACGAACCAGAAUCAGAGCCUGUCAUCCAGGUCACGCUGGGAACAGCAAAAUAUGAGAGUGCCUAUAGGGCGAUCGUGUGGAAGAUAGACCGUUUGCCAGAUAAAAACUCAAGUCCUGAUCAUCCCCAUAGUUUGUCAUACAAACUAGAACUUGGAUCAGACCAAGAAAUACCUUCUGAUUGGUAUCCAUUUGCUACAGUUCAAUUUGUCAUGCUUAACAAUUAUGCUUCAAAGACAGAAAUGAAGUCUAUGGGCAUAGAGAGUGAUGUCCAGCCCCAGAAACAUGUUGUUCAGAAAGCUUGCUAUAACUUCCAGGUUGAAAUAGAAAAGAAAUGGAUUAGAAUUGAUGGAGAAGACCCAGAUAAAGCUGGAGACUGCAUAACUCAGUAGAAGAAACAAGACCUGACAAUGAAGAAGAAUGAUCCCUUCUUUAGAUGUGUACUUCAGAGAAAAUAACAAUAAUAACAAGUUACAACAAAUGACUUACCAUUGGAUAGGAAUAGCUAUUGAACUUUUUCUUUUAUUAUUAAAAGGAACUCUCAGAUGAGGAAAUUCUCUUACCCAAUGCAGGUAUCCAGCUACAGUUAUCUAGUAGGUUGAAAAAGUUCCACUGUGAACAUUUGUGUUUUUCAGAAUAUAGCAAAGACCAAUAGCCAUGUUUUGUGUUUGGAGAAACCUCACAAACAUCUGAAAUCCAUCAGAGACUCAAUGAUACCUUCAAGAGAGUCAUAUCCUCUGUGAUUGCUUCUAAAAUUAAUCUCCUUUGUACAAGGCUUUGGCUUCUCCUUGAGACUUCACAGUAUUGGUCAAGGAAAUUCAUAUGAUUUUUAGUAGCUAGAUGAUCCAAAGGAGUAUUCCUCCAGGGAAUUUGCUGUCUGACUGCUUUGGGACAACUAUCCCAAAAUAUUGCUUUUCCUCCUUUAGCCUGUUGAUACUCUCUUUUCCUAUUGGUACUCUUAUUAGAGAAUGGGGAGAUUAAAUGCAAAUCAAUCAAUUUAACUUCUUGCAAAUGGCGUUAGAAAAGGGCUUUGAGUGAGAGAACAUAGAAACUAUAAUGCAAAAUAGAGGUUAGGGCUAUAUACUGGGUUAUAAUAUCAACUCUGUUACUUGCUAGUCUUAUGACUUUGGGAGUCUUAUGACUUGGAGUCUCAAUUUUCAUUUCUUAAAUUGGGAAUAAUACUAUCUAGACUUUCUACCACAUAGGGAAUGAUUUCUCAUCUGUUCCAAAACCUUAUUUUAUAGAUAAGAAAGUAAAGUCCAAACAAAUGGUAGAGCUGGUAUUUGAAUUCAGGUCCUCUGCUUCUAUGUCUUCUGUAGGCUAAUGCUUGGAAAGCACUUUAGCAAAGUAUGGCAGGAUUAUGGAUUUAAAUGACCAAUGUCUUUCCUGAAUGGUCUUUAGGAGAAUGGAGAACUGAGAAUUGACUGUAUUUAGAAAAUAUUUUACAUAAUUUCUAAUGAUUAUAUCUUUAUAUUCUUUACCCACUUCAGAACUUAUAUGGUUUUUGAUUUGUACUGCGAAUGUAUAUGAAAUACCUAAGAAAAGUCAUCCAUGUGGAGAAACAUUUUAUACUGGCAAGUCAGUAAGAUAAAUGAAUGACCUUUUCCUUGAGAGGAUAUUCCUUUUAAUAUGGAACCUAAUGUUGUGUCCAUUGUACUUCUCAGCUCUGACAACUCUGCAGUCUUAUUUUGGACAGUAGUUAAAACAGGCAAGGGAUUUCAAAUGAUUAUUUAAAAAAAAAAUACAUGAGUUCUUCUGAAUUAUUCUUCUGAAGUUGAAAUACUAAGAAUAUGGAAAAAUUAUUAGCCUAAAUUAUUUUUUUAAAACCCUGAGAUAAACCUCAAGUGAAGAAAAAUCCAACUCAAAUAGCUAAAUAUAUAUAUAUAUAUAUAUAUAUAUAUUUUCUCCCUUGGGGAAGUUAAACAUAAGGGAAAUAGAAAGGAAAUUACAAGAUUAUUCUGAACUGGAUACAUAAGAUAUAAAGUAUUACAUUCAAUAAUUCUAACACACUAGAAAAUGAUUAUAAUCAUUGAACAUCUAUUGAAAAUCCCACAGUAUUAGCAGAUUUUAUUCUGCUUCUGAUUUUAUCCCCCCACAUUUUCCAAGUGUAACUAGUCUUGCAUUUCUGCAUAAAUAUCCUGAAAAGAAAGUCUCUCAGGGAGACUAUCCUUCACUUACAGUUCAGUUUUAAAUAUUAUUAAAAGCUAUUUGUCAUUAUCUGCUAAAGUCACCUAUUGAAGCAAUAAGUAGUCUAACAUUUUCUUAGACAUUUAUCUGUUUGACUUAAACUUACUUCUGUAGAUUUUAUUUAAUAUGUAUAGCAUCCAUUUUAAUCUAUUUGUUCAAUAAAACAGAUUUUUUUCUUUUUCUAUUUCUUGGUGGUCUGCAUAAGUAAGCAGUUUUUAUUGCUUUUUAUUGUAAAGAUAAAGUAAUAUAAAAUAGUUAAAUGUUUAACAGCAUUUGUAUUAGUAUUUUUAAAACUGUUAUUGAUUUGAGAAUUUUUUGUGAUUUCGUGACCUCAUCUAUAUAAGUACUUCCCUCCAUUGGUGCCCAUCUAAAUCUAUUUGUACUCUCUCAUGCCCAGGAGUUCUUAUCCAUGCCUUUCUAUACACAUCCUUUACAGUCACUACUCUCAACAGGCAGGAGGCUUUCUUCUGACUCAAUGGAUUCAAGUAUUAAUGUUUUAAAAUCAUGUUGGAUUAAGUGAAGAGUGAAUUGUUUAUGUGUUUACAACUUCCUUUUAUUAAUCUUCCCUCCUUCAAUUCUCUUCCUAAUUUCUCCUUUGGCCAUUUAUUUUUCAUCUGCUGUGCUUUGGUUAACUUGGUGGAUCUAUUUAGCAUGAAACAAUAAAAAAGUGGGCUCCAUCCUCCCACUGUCAGAUAAUUCUAAGGAAUUAAGUUGGAAUCUUUUUACCAUUUCUUUUUAAGCCUGUUUUAUGCCCACAAAGAACUUAGAUCUUGAUUCAAAUGGGUUUAAUGAAUAUUUAAACUUGGAAAUAAAUUCAGCUAAUGACUCAAUUAAUUGCCCCUCCCUGCUUCACAAGUUGGCAAUUAUCUUUGGGCAUCCCACUGUCAGAGUUCUUUCCUCACAAUGACAGCCUUUUUCUUCGGAAAAUCUUGAGAUUCAGUGUGCAGAAUAAAACAAAAAGGGACGCUAAAAUCCAGCCUGAGAGUCUGUGGGAAGGCAAAGGUUGAUGGCAUUAACAGCGGUAUGCUGUGGCAUAAUUGUUAAUUUACACAUUUACGAGGAUUCUUAAAUAUUCAUUACUUAGUGUUAAAUUAACAUUCUGUGGUAGGGAAUGGUCUUCUUAGUAAAAUUCUUCUGACCUUUGAAAUGACAGGAGGUCAGAUGUGACAAAGGAACUCAAGCAAGAAGCCAGGAAGAGUCAAUUAGAUUUACAAAUUAAAAGUAAAAUGUUAUCUCCUAGGGACCGGUAGGUAAGAGAUAAUUGCAAAGAAACCUGAAUGAGGGGAGUUGUGGUACUGUCAGAUUUUUGAAUUCUGCUUUUCCCUCAGGUCUGAUCUAAAUAAAUGUUCCCACAAUCUGUGAACUGGGCUGUCUGGGAUAGCACCUAUUAGAAUAUUCUAAGUAUUAGAAUUAAAAGUUAAUUCAGUUCUCAAAAUGACCAUACUGAACAGUUGACUAGAUUGCAAAUGGCUGCUCCGGGUUCCAUGUUUUAAUACAAAUCAUGAUUCUUUUAACUGUUGUCUGUAGCCUGCUGAGAUAUUGGGUAGCAUUUCCUUGAAGCAGCUGGGAAAUGGGAGCCAUUUGUUAUCCAAGUGCAAGGUAUGUGGGUACUUGGCAAUAAGUCCCACUGAGAAUUCUGCCUUGGAUUGGGGUAGUAAUUCUCUUCAGGAUGUAUCACACAGAUUGCAGUAACAGGAAGCUACUGCUGAUUUUGAAACUGGUCACUUGUUUGUGUAUAAGCAGUUUCAUAUACAACAUGAUCCCUUUUGAUAUUGAGCAACACUAUGUCCUAAUCUUUGUGUAUGAAGCUUUGUUAUUUUCUAGGGGUUCAGUCGGUGUAAUCAGAUUUUAUUUAAUGUUUGUUGUUCCUUUGAGAGUGGGUUCAGGAAGUGGCGAAAUACCAAAAGGAAGGAAGAGAGAGACAAAGAGACAGGGAGAGAAAGUGAGAAAGAGAGAGAGAAAAAGAGAAUGAGAAAGAGAAGGACAGAAAAAGAGAGAGAGAGGCAGAGACAGACAGAUAGAUAAAGACACCGAGACAGAGAAACAGAGAGGAAGAGAGAGAGCAUUCUCCAGUGUGGUAACUAUACAAAAGGCACUCAGUCUUGAGCUGCUAGAAAGAGGAGUAAAUCAAAUUAACCUCAUAAAUGAAUAGAUUGCUUGAUGACAAUGAGCCUGAAAAUAGUCAAGCUGAUUGAUUGUAAAAAUCUGAAUUUAGUUUAGUGACUUUAGAAUUUUCCCUCUUUGUGUAAGACUGAAACUUUUCACCCUUGAAAAAGAAAUAUGGCAUAGUGGUUUUCAUUUUGUUUUCUUUUAAAGCUCAUGUUGAUAUAAUAAAAAUGUUCAAUCAUUCUCUCCCUUCCUCAUUCUUACUGAAUUAAUGUGUUUUUUUUUUUCUCUGAAGGUUUUUAGUCUGUUUCUCUACAAUUUGGUUCAUUUGGACAUGAGACGGAAACAUUUAACUCUCUGAUGCAUACAUAGACCUAGUAUUUCUGGAUCUCUAUUUCCUGGGAUGGCUGUGUAGAUGUGUUCAAAAUGUCUGGCUAUCUCAGAUAUAAAUAUAAAUAUGUAUAUUUAUAUAUAUAACCUUGGUGACAUUGUAGGUAUAGUGUUAUAGUUCUUAGCAGUAACACUAUGGUUAGAGAAUCCUUAAGAUAGCAAAAUAAAAAUUGGUUAAAUUAAUUAAAAUGAACAAAUAGUUAUCCUAGGAUAUUCAGUGGACCCUGAAAAGGAAAGGUGGCUUAGAGUCCUGGAGAGAGUGGAGUUGAGGUCCAUUAGGAUCACAAGAUUUAGAAGUAGCAGCUUAAUAAGAUGAAGUACAACUUUCUCAUUUUACAGAUGCGGAACCUGAGUUCGGAGGAAAAGUCAUCUGUUCAAGGUCACAAAUCUAGUGUGCUAACUUGCUGAUAUUGAGCAGAUGGUUUAGGCACAUGAACAUGCAUGAAAAAGCCAAAACACAAGUUUAGUUCUCUACUCCUUUCCUCACUUCCUUACAUUUCCUUGCUUACUUAGAUUAUAUGAUUUAUAUAAUUGAACACUAACUUUAAUUAUGACUAGUAUUUGCCCCAAACUGAUUGCUCCAGAUAUCUUAACUCAAUUUAGAUGAGCUGACCAAUUAUACAAACAGUGCCAAUUUUCUUUUGCAAAAAAAUUGUUUUGCAAAAUUUUUUUUUCCUGGUCAACAGCUAUAAUCAGCCUGGUAACCAAAAUUAAAACAGUUGAGUUGUUUAUGCAUAAUUUAUACACAAUAGUGAUUAAGGAAUGUGCUUUGCUCAGAAUAUCAUUUUAUACUCUGCUAAGUAAAUAUAAUCCAGAUCAAGUUUCUGUUCUGUUAAUCAACCCUCUGGGGCUACUUCCCUAACUUUCACUCAAAGGUCUGGUCUCCAUAAAGGAAGCCUCUCUUUUUAGAGUUCUAGGGCUAAUCCCGAGGACCUGGGGUUUUCUUGAUAGUCACUCAUUGAUGUGCUUUGGCUUUGACUAUCAGCCAGUUGCCUUAAUUAGUUUUAGGAAAGAUAUUUAAAGAAUAAGUGGUUCAAAACAUUUCCCCCCAAAUCUAGGGUAUAUUUUCCCCUUGCAUACACAAAGUCCCUAGGUGGGACAGCUCAAAUUUACAGUACAAUGUUAAUGAGUACGAAGGUAGAGAAGUUGUUUGGCCAAAGUGUGAAUUCCUAGUUUGCUGGUUACUUUAUUGGACCUUCAUGAAGUUUCCCUUAGGCAGAACUCUCUGAAAGGGAGGAAGGUCACAAGCACUUAUUAAUUGCUUAACAAAUAAUAUCUCAUUUGAAACACAACAAUUCUAGGUAGUGGGUGCUACUAUGAUCUCUAAAGUGACUUGGCCAGGAUCACACAGCUAAAUAAGCAUACGAGGUGGGAUUUGAACUGCUGUUUUCAGGUAACUGUGUCUAUGGCCAUCAGCAAGCACUAAUGCUACUAUCUCCAGUUACAGGGGCUUAACGGGGUGGGGGAGAUUGGCUGCAGCUCCUCCACCAUUAGACUGACUAGCCCCUGCAAUGCACAAUUCUAAACUGUCUUACUGCUUUAUCCAUAGACCCAGACUUGUGGCUGAUUCUUCUGCCCAAUCAUUAGCUAUUUCCUGUGCAAUGUCAUCUGGGAGUAAAACAUUGUAUUCCUUUUUUGAUUAAUUGGCUUAAUAGGACUGUCUGGGCCUUCUGUGAUUACAUUAAGUAGGGACGCUUGGAAAUACUGUGAUAGUCAUAACAAAAUAUUUUAUGAAUCACAUAUUGGCUUAAAAAAAAUUAAAGAUGUAUUUCAAAGAA